UUUUAUGAAGUUAUGUAAUCUUACAGUGCAAAGUUUUCGUGGUGUCGAUCCCUCACCUGGUAGUGCUCCCCUUGGAAUUGCUUACACAUUCUAUAUUAGCUCUGUUUGUAAGAUUCUCUGUAUACAGAAGUCUACCUCAUGGUUUCGCUAAUCACUAAUAGACAAUUGCCAACAUCAUGUUGCGAUUUGGAUUGACGUAUGGCUGAAGUAGAUAGAGAUUCGGUGCGCUCCGAUCCUCGACGUGGGCCUGGACUGUGGUUUUCUGCAUUUCAUUUUGUUUCAUGGAUCAUUUAGGGUUGUAUUCAAGUCGCGAUGGGUGGCAUUGUCCUUUCUGAAGACAAGUGAUGAGAGGUCGGAGACGCAGGGUAUUUGUGUGGUUACAAUGGAUACUGCGAUUGUGCAAUGUCCUGCCAAUGAAGCCCUGGCUGCUUUCUUGGUUGAGAAGCGCGAGGAGUGGUUUUUGAAGCAGCGCAGUGACAAUCUCGAUUCCGUAUUUAUUGGAGCGCACAAAAGUGUCUGCGAAUCCACUGUGCCGCUGCAUAGCUUGCGAGCAGCUAGCAAAGUGAAAGGAAUUGGCAAAUGGUUGUUGAAGAUUCUCGCGGAGUUCUUCAAUGUCGACGAGGAUGAGGCUGACGACGAGGACGAAGAGCAACCUAGUGGAUCACAAAGAGCAAAGAAGGCUACACGUAGAUAUCUGCCUAAAAAGAGCUCGGCUCCUUAUGCUAUUUUAAUCACCUUGUACAGCAUAUCUGCAGAGCUCACAUGUUAGGCAAAGAGUUCAUGAUGCGGCAAGAGCUAAUUGAUGCAGCUGAAGCAAGUGGCCUGGCUUCUAUGCCUAUCGAGUCAAAUAAGGGGACGUUACCCCCGAGGUUUGGAGGUGGACCUCACUAUUCCUACUCCGGGUGGAGCUCCAUGAAGACCCUAUUAGAGAAAGGCUUGGUGGUAAAGAAGAGCAAUCCGGCCAAAUACAUGCUCACGGAGGAGGGCCACAAAACUGCAGAGGAAUGCCAAGGCAGAGCAGGGUUGGGUCCUGCGGAUCAUACCCGGCCUCCAGUUUCAGACGAAAUUCCUCCAGUCAAUGCCAGACCAGCUCCUGGAAGGGCAGAAAAGGCCACCACCACUCGACCCCGCGCAUCGAAAUCCAAAUCAAAUGGUGCAGUAGGAAAAGCAUCUACUCUUGAUGUUAAUAAACUUAAAGCAAUGGGAUAUGGUGAACAAGAUAUUCAACUAGCUCUGAACGAAGCGACAUCCACAGAUGGUCUACAAGACAGUGAUGUUUGGGGAUUUGUAUUGGGCAUCCUAUCCAGAGGAGGGAAAGAAAAAACUGCAGCAGCAAUUGGACCCGUCUCACAGCCUGCCGUACAACCUUUUGUGGAGAGAGGGACCAUGCCAACAAACAGCUCUUGGUAUCACUCAGCUCCAGUAGUCACCGUGGAAGCGGCUGUGCCUUCUACAAGCACAGCUCCUUCAGGCCGUUUAAGCACAAGUGCACAGACCAUGGAUGUGCAUCAGACAGGAUACAAUGAAGUGGCUGUUCCUCCUUUAGAGGUCGGUCAAGGCUUCGGACAGGUAUACGAAGUGUUCCUUGUUUUGGACUCGCGAGAGCAAUUUCGCCGCGAUGCAAGAGGGGGUGCAGCACUACAGAAGUUUGCUGAUCGAAUCGGCGUGCAAUUCCAAGUUCAAGUCGAGACAAGGCAGUUGCCGGUUGGGGAUGCACUUUGGAUUGCAAGACACAAGGUCUUGAGGCAUGAGUACGUGCUUGAUUUUAUAGUGGAAAGAAAGCGCGUUGAGGACCUUUGGGCAUCUAUUAAGGACAAUCGGUACAAGCAGCAGAAAUUACGGCUUCAGAGAUGUGGAAUAAAGAGACUUGUUUACUUGAUUGAAGGAGAUCCAAACUUGACUGAUGCAUCAGAGAGUUUGAAGACAGCGACGUUCACAACCGAGAUCUUAGAAGGGUUUGACGUGCAGCGAACUCGUGACACAAGUGAGACAGUUCAGAAGUACGGUCAGCUGACUACUGCAAUAAUUGAUCGGUAUUCCUUAGAAGUCGGGAAACCUGGCCGACACCCUGGAGGUUAUUGUAUGCGAUAUGUGGAGUUCGUGAAUUUCUGCAAGGAUGUAGAAAUGGAACGUGUCACUGAUGUGUUCGGCGUCCAGUUGAUGCAGGUGCGGAAUGUUACUGAAGACAUGGCACUAUCGAUCCUGGAGAGAUAUCCGACUUUACAUUCUUUAGCCCUUGCUUACACAGAACUUGAGGGUGAUGUUCAAGCGCAAGAACAACUGUUAAAGGACAUACCAAUACGCAACAAGAAUAAGACCAUCAGUGCUAAUAUCAGCAAAAAUAUUUACAAGCUUGUGUGGGCUCCGUAGUGGUAGUAAAGGAUUAGUGUUGUUAUCUACUUCUGUGCUAGGUGAUUUUCGUCACAAAACCAUUGAAUUUGGUAAAUCCUCAGCCAGUCAUGUACGCAUAUUGUUGAAAAGAUCUUUACAACCAAAAACCAAUAUCUUUACAAA